AUGAAGCGAGAAAAAUCUAGAACCCACUACCAAAAGAAAGGAGAUAGGGAUGCUGGCCAGGCAAGAAAUAAUGCCUAUGAAUGGAUGAGUACAUCUCUAGCCAAGCCCUUAGAAGAGAAGGAAGAAGGAGAAAAACAGUUGGAAACAGAAAAAACUGAGCAAAUCAGUAAAAAUUCAAUAGAGGAUAUCCAUGCAUUUGCUAUCCGGAGCCUAGCAGAACUGACUGCCUGCUCAAUUGAACUGUUUCACAAAACAGCGGCUCUGGUUCUACAUGGCCAGAAGCACGAAGUGACAGCCUUAGAAAGGAGCAGAGCCCUUUCCCAGAUGACCGUUGUGUUGUGUAAAGAGCUGUCUUCUCUGUCUAAAGAGUUCACCACCUGCCUAACAACUGCUGGGGUCAAAGAAAAGGCAGACAUCCUUAAUCCCCUAAUCACUGCUGUAUUUCUAGAGGCAUCAAACAGUGCUUCCUAUAUUCAGGAUGCCUUUCAGCUGCUCUUACCUGUGCUGGAGAUCUCGCUCAUUGAGAACAAGACUGAACUACCAGAGGCAUGAGCUGCAGGCCUAGGACCUUUGUCAGAACAUUGAAGAGCAGAGGAGAUUCAACCCAAAACUUGUGAUGGCCAAAAAUGCCACUCUCUUUUGGGUACCCCUGAAAAAGCGAAGGAGAAAGGAUUAUUUUUAGUGUAUACAAUUUAGGCAAGAGAGCAGGUGUUUAAAGGAGGUUUGUUGCCUUCCCUGCUUGGCUGAAGUAUUCAGGCCUUCAUACUGCUCUUCCAAGUUGUUAUAAUUAUUAUUUGAAAAGAAACUUUUAUGGAAAGUUCAAAAAUGAUAGCUCUAGAUAAAGGUUAAUGGAAUAUUCGGGCAAAAAUAUUGGUCUUUCUUGGACAUGAUACAAAACACCAAUAGCUUUGUCACAGUUAUAUAUGAUUUUACAGCCCGUGGAUAUAAUUGGUUGUGAAGCAAGAGAAGAAACAAUUUACUAUUCUAGAAUUCAUGUGCUUGAUCUGUUAAUGCCAUCCUUUCUCCUUUCUAUAAUAAAAUCUGUGGCUUUGAGAAAACAGUAUAUAGAAACUGUAAUGAUCACCUUUUAUUGCCUAAAUUCUUGGAAUUGUUUAGAAAGUUUCAUGUGCUCUUUAAUUCUCAGAAGGUAUUUGGUACUGAGGAGAAACUUUGGAAAUGUACUUGAAGUCACAUGGAUUAACUACAGAGUAGUGCCCUUUGGCUUCAAAUUGUUCUCCUACCCUAAGGUGACAGGCGUCAGUGGUAGUUGAGCCCCACUUGCCUGGGUUCCAGACCAGUAAGUGCAACUUAGAGAAACGGUUUCAUGUUUGCAGGUAUUUGAGUCUCUCCAGGAUAUUUCUCACUCAUACGUGCAGGGGAAGUUUUGCAGCAGCCAGCUCCAAUGGAGUCUUGAAGCCCUUUUAGUAAUGGGGCUUUCGGUAUUUGAACAUUGUUGAAGGGGACUAUGGAGUCCCAUAGAAAUGAUGUUCACUUAUAACAGGAUUUAACCUGUAAGACACAGUAUGUUUUUCCUCACUCUUUUUUGUUUGAUUUUAACGUAUUCCUUAGCAUGUUUAUAAAUACAACUUUUAUCCUUCAGAUCUUAAGCCUUCCUUUGGUCUCCUCAACAAUGUAAGAGACUAAUAAGGUGUUACCUUCCUAAAAAUUA